GGCAAUGGAACAGUUUGACGCAAUUGGUAGGAAACUCGCUGAUACUAUGAGCAAGGUUAUUCUGUUUUCGUUAGGAAAAAAACAUUAAAAAGACUAGCCGUCCGAUAACUGAUAACGAAGGACUAUAUGAACAAUUGCAACGUGUAAACGUUCUUUUACAAUUAACAGAGCUAGAAUGAAGGUACCGGUGUGCAGCGUUUUUGUGAUCGUCUGUUUAAUCGAUUGCAGUUGCAUUAUGGGCGCGGCGAGGGGAAAGGCCCAUAAUCUAAAGGAGCCAACUCCACAACAAAAAUCAUAUUUACAACGCAUCUAUGAGGCGAUUUGGGGCCAUGAUCUCACGUACGUUCCUGGGAAAUUAAACGCCUUUGAAAAUGGGGAAGUUAAAGAAAAAGCAACUGAAAAUGGAGCGGAUGAAAGGUCAGAAGUCAUCAAUACGUACACGAGGGACGAGGGUCUCACAGCGGCGCAGGAGCUAGAGCUGCAUAUGUUGAAUCUUCUGGGUUUGAAGGAAGUCCCGAAGCCAGGACCACGAUCCAAAGUGCCGAUCUAUAUGGAGCUGAUGUACAACAAAUUGAGUAGCAUGGGAGACCACAACCCACUCAGCGGGGUCGACAUCUAUGCCCAUUCAGCAAUUAAAGGCUCGAACAUUGAGGAAGGAGUUCUCCACUUCAAAUUAUCGAGAGACAUCGACCCUGAUACGAUCCUUUCGGCAGAGCUAGCGUUGUAUCGGUAUUAUGCCAACCGUUGUCCCGAUACCAUAAGCAGGAUGUACAGGAAAAUUCCGAAGAUUAACGUCUGUGCUAAAAACAUUGAAUGCGUUACCAUAAAAACACCGAACAUGAGGCAACCAUGGUAUGACACGUUCGACAUAUCGGACAUUAUAAAAGAACUGGCUUUGGCAGGCGUUACCGAGUUUUCAAUAAAAAUACGUAUUGAAGGUAUUAGCGCCACAACAUCUGAAAAACUAGCCAGAGUUUUCCCAAAAUAUUCGCCCAACUGUAUCUACAAAAUCAGUCCCGAACAGACUGGUCAACAACCGUUGUUAGUGGUCUACCACGAAGACCCAACCCUGUUUGACGAGGAGCAAGAUUACAAAAGAUCAAAACGGUCGCACCGCUUUAAGAAGAAGUUAAGAGAAAUAAACAAUUUAGUUAAAAUGCAUCCGGAGUGGGGACAGAAUCAAAUUCCGUUCGCAGACGAAUGUAAACUUCAUUCUUGGGAGUUCGACUUCUCCACAUUGAAUUGGGAUUGGUGGAUCGCACCAAAGCGUAGGACUGUCAACUUCUGCAAGGGUUGGUGUCAUAGACAUCCACCAACGAUGAACACGCAUCAUAUCAGCUCAAAUCACGCGUUUCUUGUCAAUAUGUAUCACACCGAACGAGAGAAGGUUGCGCAACUGAAAAGGGGCCCAGAACACACGACGUGCGUGCCUGAAACUUAUAAGCCAAUGCUCGUACUGUACGUAAACGGAGAUGGGAACGCACAAACUUUAUAUCUUGACAAGUUGAUCGUUGAAUCGUGUGGAUGUCGUUGACGUGCUCGUCGAUGAACGUUGAAUUUAGUCGCUGGUCGCUGGUCGAUGGUGACAUUGUAAAUAAUCAGACUGGAUGUCGUGAAUCAAAAAUAUGUCUUUUCUACGGUAAAUCGUACUCUUCAAUUACAUCUUCAGAGCAAUUCCUUUGAAAAAUCUAAAAUAGCCUAUAUUUUUCGAAUACCUUGAGAACAUUCCGAACGUCAAUACUCUCAAUCCGAUUUAGCAGUUUGCUUUAUCAAAGAACACUGUCAAAAACACUGAUAAAAUGAUUUUACUCUUUUAGACUUUAAAAAUAACUCGUGAAUUCUCUGCCUUUAAUCUCUCAUAGGUCAAAACAGCCAAGGUAGAUAGAUUUUAAUUUAUACUAUUUUAUACUUGUAUUUUAUAUUGUGGUGUGAGACUGAAAUAAAUACUGAAAAUACAGUGAAACCUGUCUUAAUGAACACCUCUCGCUAGCGAACACCCAUGUCUAGUGAACGUCCCUUCUCAGCAUAUACUCCACUGACUUCUGAAUAAAAUUGAUUCUCUGUACUGUCUCCUACAAACAGUGAACACAUUUUUGUGGCUCCAUAGGUGUUCAAUGUACACAGGUUUUAUUGUAUUAUAGUGAUCUCAAAUGGACA